AUGCCUGGGCCCCCUCUGUGGCCAGUGCUUGGCAACAUGCCUCAGACUCUAGCCUUCUUGAAGCAGGAGGCCCACGCACACCACGUGAUCUGGACACAGUUUGCCAACAAGUAUGGAGGCAUCUACAGGCUUGAGAUCCCAGGUCACCGCUUUGUGGUCGUCAGUGAUCCUGCCGUCCUGCCUGCAAUCAUAGGCCGGCCGGGCCUGCCCAAAUGGGCAGCCUACCAGAACGUUGUGCCGCUGGUGGCCAGAAGCAAGGUGGAGACGCUGUUCACGACCCCCCACUCCAGCGACCCCAUGUGGAAGGCUGUCAGAAAGGCGCUGAAUCCCGCCUUCUCCGCAGCUGCCAUUAGGGGCAAGUUUGGGCUGGUGGUGGAGAAGUGCCUGGCGCUGUGCGAGUGGCUGGAGCAGAGGGGCCCUGGCGCUGACGUGGAGGCUCAGGACGUGAUGGCACGCCUCACGCUGGACGUCGUGCUGAUGGCCGGCUUUGGCAUCGCGUCAAACACCCUUGCCGACCCCCGGCCGGUGCCCCUGCUCACUGAGCUGCACUACGCCAUGGACGAAUCCUUCAGGCGCGUCCCCUGGCACCAUGGCAUUGCUCCUGCUUCGCUGCAGACAUUUAGCGAGCCGGUGAGGGCAGUGCUGCUUAAGCUGCUCCCCUUCCUGCCGGCUGCAAAACAGCGCGAGGCCCACUUUGCGCGCCUGUAUGGCAUUUGGGAGGGCUGGGUGGAGGAGAUGCAAGCCAGGGGGUCUGUGGCAGAGGCAGACGACAGCAUGUGGGCAUGCCUCGCCCGUGUGCGCGAUCCCAGCACAGGAAAGCCGAUGGAAGGGGACAAGCUGCAGGCGGAGGUGGCCAGCCUCAUAGUCGGCGGCCUGGACACCACUGCCCAAACGGCGCUGCUGGCGGUUCAUCCUGAGGCCCAGAAGGCUGUGGCUGCAGAGCUCCAUUCUGCCAGCUUACUGUCCACUGCGACAAAGAGAUUGCCCAACGUACUGACACACUCCGACCUGAGCCGCUUGCCCUACUUGGACGCGGUGAUCCGGGAGAGCAUGCGCAUAUUCCCGGUGUCAGCUUCAGGCCUGGGUCGAUACACGAACGAGCCCACUGUCCUGGGCGGAUACCUCGUUCCUGCUGGGACAGAUGUCCAGGCUGCAGUGUUGCAGAUCAACUACUAUGCAAUGCAAAAUGUGGAGGCCACCUUCCCGCAGCCGGAGCGUUUCAUGCCGGAGCGCUGGCUGGGGCGUCCCAGGGCGGCGGCGGGGGCAUCUUCGGGGGAUGCAAGCGCCGACGGCUCCGUGGAAACGGACCCCCUCGCGCGCGCAUUCCUGCCCUACAGUGCUGGGCCGCGCAGCUGCAUCGGGCAGCCCCUCGCACAGAUGGAGGUGCCCACUAUCCUGGCAAUGGUGCUGGGGAGAUUUGAGGUGGAGUUGGCUGAUCAGAUGGGUGGAUACAAGGGCCUGCUGGCACGUCAGAUUAACGCCUUCACCCUCUCGCUGAAGGCUUCUCCUGACAAUGGAGGCAUGGCAGAGGCUUCAGCUGCUUCGCAUCAGGAGGUGACAUUGAAGCAGUUGGCGGGUGUACAAUGGAACAGCGCAUCUGGCAACCCCCCUGCCUAUCCAGAGAGCACCGAGCAGGCCCACGCUCGAUACACAGCCGCCCUGGAGGCGAUUGCAGACAGGCAUGCGGGGCAGAAUGUGCUGGUAGUGACCCACGGCGAGGCUGUCAGGCGCUCUGUGGCGCGCCUGCUGCCUUGGGCCAUGGUGUAUGAAGUGCGGCACUGCGGCUUCACUGCAACUUGGCGAGGGAAGGAUGCUGACGGUGACUGGGAUGCCUGGGACCUGGAAGAUCAGGGUGCUGACAGGGGUGUCUCUUGGAUUACAUGA